AAAAAAUUGUUUUAUUUGGGAAAUAUCCCAUACACAAAGCAAAAUGUUUGUUAACGGUAUCAAAUGUUUUCCAUUGAUUUAAAGUGUUUUUGUGAUUCCCUAACUUCAAUACAGAACAAUCGUAAAGCUGUUAAGACAUCUCAACUGUUGAAGAGGAUACUCAAUGCAUAAGUGAUCUUUGAUGUAAAAUGUGGAUUUACUGUAAUAUGUCUUUUGUAUUCCCCUAUUAUUCAAAACUAUUCAUAAAAAAAAAAAAAGUCACCAUGGGGUAAAAAAUGAAACGAAUGGGGUUAAUUCCAACUCAGAUAUUAAUAUGUCUAGAACAAUGUAUCUGUUUAAAAUAUAAGUGACUAAUUAUAUAGAUGUACAUGUUCAUAAAAUAAGGCUGUGUAGUGAUCCUAAUGUCAGCCGGGGUUUUAUGACACAAAGUUAAAUUUGCAAGAGCUUCAUUACAACCGACUACGCCACCUAGGGUAUAAACGGAGACCCCAGGAACUCCCUACCAAAAUAGGUUCGUUAUCAAGGUAUGGAACAGUGGAAAACACCACCCGCCAAAAACUCAAAUAUACAAUUCUUUAUUACAAUCAAGGGAUACAGGAAAGAAUAAAAAAAGAACCAGGGUCCAAAGUCCAUGCUCAGUAGCAGUCCGGAGUUAAAACAGUCUCAGUUGGGCAUCAGAAAUCACAGCCACCGUCCUUUUACCCUCAAUUCCCCAGUAAAGGCCAUGGGAAUGGUGAUGCUGGAAAAUAAGAAAACACUGCCAGCAUCCAACGUAAUAGUCUCACAGCACUUAAUAUCCACACAGAUUCACAGUCUACUCAAUAACACUAGUAUACCCUAAAAAAUGAAAUCGGCCGAUCUAAAAUUUAUUAUUACACUUAUUUAAUAAAAUCACCCAACCCCGCUAUCCAGUCUGGUGUAGUCAUGCGCAGGAGAAUCCCGUCAGUGUUCGCUCUUGUCUCGCAGCACGCGCAGUUGACUCUCGCAAACAUCCAUCCAUCCACCCAUCACGCGUGCUGCUCGCCCACGGUGCUCCACGAACAGAUACAGAGCACUUACUGGAAACGCUGGCACAAAAUCUCCUCUUCUUCUUCUUCCUUCUUCUUCUUCUUCGACCUCUCGUUAAGACAGUUCCAGUUCCACUCAAACGGUGCUGCCACUUCACACCUGUCCCCAAUCACAGCUGCUCUUUUAUAGAAAAGCGCUCUAAUCCCGUCGUCCAAUCCCAUCGUUAGUCCAAUUCAUUUAAAUAAGCAUGUGGCUUGGAAUACUGCCUACAAACAGAAAAAGAAAAUACACAGCAACCCACACAAAAGCAAAACAACCCAAAGCAAACGCAUGCACAAAAAAAAGCACAUAUACACAAACACAAAACAAAACACCAUGCAACACAACCAACUCUCUCCCCAUCACACUAACAGGAGCGUUAAUAUGUCUCUGUUUGCUCGAACGUCCGAUAUAGAUCAUGAUAGGCAAAAAAUACAACAAUAAAUCAAUGGUCAGUGCUUAAUACUUUCAGUAUUGACUUUCUCCUGAGGACUACUACAACUACAACAAAUACAUGAAGAGAUCGUGGACUGAAUUUCUCCUGAGGAUCACCAACGAAGACGAGGAUGAACUACCACCACUACAGCAAGGAGCCUUGCGACGCGAUCAUCGAGGCUGGAGGCGUUUAUUUCCCAGUGCACCAGCAGACGAUGUUGGACUUGAGCCCAACAUUUUUCAGUGAUCUGUUCUCAAAGGGCCCCACUGAAUUCUCGGUGUACACUGUCCAUAAUGUGGCUGUGAACAUCAUGAGGUCCAUCAUCCAGUAUGCUUACUCCAAGCAGAUAAACAUCACGCGGAGAAACAUGAAGGAUCUGUUGGCGGUAGCUGAAUACCUGUACGUGGGCGACAUUGUUCAGCUCUGCAAACAGUUACCGGAGAAGCAGCACUGCGAAGAGGACAGCUGUGAAAUGACGGAAUCGCCCACUACCCACUUCUGGCCUGAUGUUCCACCAUGGGAGAGGAGCCUGCUGUACAAGCUUGGUGUUUUUCCACCAAGUGCAUAUGAACCAAAUGCUAGUCCACCAAGUGCAUAUGAACCAAAUGUUAUUCCACCAAGUGCAUAUGAACCAAAUGUUAUUCCACCAAGUGCAUAUGAACCAAAUGUUAUUCCACCAAGUGCAUAUGAACCAAAUGUUAUUCCACCAAGUGCUUAUGCACCAAGCACUAAUCCACCGAGUGCUUAUGUACCAUGUGCUUAUGCACCAAGCGCUUAUGGACCAUUUGCUUAUCCACCAAAUGCUUAUGGACCAUUUGCUUAUCCACCAAAUGCUUAUGGACCAUUUGCUUAUCCACCAAAUGCUUAUGGACCAUUUGCUUAUCCAUCAAGCGCUUAUGGACCAUUUGUUUAUGCACCAAGUGCUUAUGCACCAUGUGCUUAUGCACCAAGCGCUUAUGGACCAUUUGUUUAUGCACCAAGUGCUUAUGCACCAUGUGCUUAUGCACCAAGCGCUUAUGGACAAUUUGUGUAUGCACCAAUUGAUCAUGCACCAAGUGUUUAUUGCCACCGACAGCAGCGCAUUGUUUUCUGUUACUCUUCCCGCAGACGGCGUGAAACACCGUACUCGUGUCCGUCUGUGAGGAACAGAAACCAAGCCCGGCACAUUGCAUAA